AUGUAGUCCUCUAACCCUAAUGAUAAAAUAAACAUUGAUUUUGUUACUCAAUUUUUACAAAUUGCUGAGAUAGAGUUUGCAAAAUUAAAAGUUCAAGAAUCUUCCCAACAAUAAUCGAAUAAUAUUCAGCCUGAGACAGUAAGCUUCUCUAAAGAGCAAACGCAGCAAUAAAACAUAUUAAAACUUUCAAAUGAUGUGUAAUAAGUUAAAUAAGAGGAUAUUGAAGACUAAUAGAAAGUUGCAAAUUUGAAUAAUAAGACCUCGGAAGUCAAAAAGAAAAGGAUAAAAGUUUCCUAAAAUACCUAAGAAAAAACAAAAAAAGUCUCAAAUAUAUUAAAGAAAAAAAUAACAAAAAUCGAAAAACCUUAAAUAACAAACGAUGCUAAUUAACCUGAAAAAUAGACUAGAAGAUCCUACAGAAAUGUAAAAAAGUCUCAACAAAACAAUCCUCGUUAAAAAUAACAAAAAAAGAAGACUAAUAAACUAUCAGAAAGCCAACUAUAAUAAUUUUAAAUGAUGUAUGAGACAAAUACAAAUAGCUUUUUAAUGAAAAAAUUUAAAAUAUCUAGGCACUAACUUUUCAGAUAUAAAGAUAAAUACAAUCUCGUCAAAAAUCUUACAUUCAUUUAAAAAAUGAUAUAAAACAGAGAUAAGAGUUAAAAUAUUUCAAGUAAAAAAGUGACAUAACCUGAAUAACCUGAUGAAACUGCUGAGGAUAUUGAAAUUAAAGAUUCUGAAGAUAUUAUUAAUGAAGAAGAUGAUGGUGAUAAUGAAAACAAUUAUGAAGAUGAUGAUGACGAUGAUGAUGAUGAUAUAGAUAUUUAAAUUUAACCUGAGAUUGAAGAUGAUGCUCAAGAAAAAAAUUUAAAUCAAGAUUAAGUUAUAAAGAGCACAUUACUUUAAUCGAAAAAUCAUUUUAACCCAUCAAACGAAGAAUUAGAUAAUUAAAACAAAAUAAUAAGUGAAGAAAGCAACAGUACAUAAACUUAAAUCAACCAAAACCAAUUGAAUUCUCUCAAAUAAGCAAGAUAUAAAUAUAUUUGA